AGCGAGUGUGUCUCAGGUCAGCUGAUGCCGCCCGCCUAUAAGAGGGCACACACACACAUGCCUGGACAGCACAAAGCUAUCAGCCCUUGCCAUGCACAAGAGCACGGUCUGUGUGUUCCUGGCCUCUGCGCUGCUGCUAUGCAACGCCGCCCCAGUGGAUCCCCACGGUGGCUCAGAUGCUAAGUGUCCGCUGAUGGUGAAGAUCCUGGACGCAGUGAAGGGGGCCCCUGCAGGCAGUGUGGCACUCAAGGUCUCGAGGCGAGGUGCAAAUGGAGAGUGGACACAAGUGGCAAACGGACAAACAGACCCAACUGGAGAGGUCCAUGAACUGAUCACAGAACAGGACUUCACAGCUGGAGUGUAUCGUGUAGAAUUCGACACAAAGACAUACUGGAAAGGGGAGGGGCGAACACCGUUCCACGAGGUGGCUGAGGUGGUGUUUGAAGCACACGCAGAAGGACAUCGUCACUACACUCUUGCCCUGCUGCUGAGCCCCUUCUCCUACACAACCACUGCUGUGGUGGUCAAGACUCAUGACUGAUGCUCAAACACACAACAUAACACAACACACACACACCUGUACCCUCAGCUAAAGUCAGUAAAGAAUACCAAUGACUCUCCACUAUGCUAACACAUAAUAAACAUGUGACGACAUAAA